CUCAACAUUCUGUUAAUCACUUACCUCUAAAUUCUGUUUCCAUGGCUCCAGCACCCCUUUCUCCUAUCAAAGUUGGUCAAAUCGACGAUGUCCAAGAAUUGAGGAAGGCCAAAUCAGUGGCCAUUCCUCAAAGAUUCGUGCGCGAUAUGGCUGAAAGGCCAACACUCACUGCAGCCUCUUCUUCUAGCAACAUUCCGGUUAUCGACGUCUCAAAGCUUAUCAAAGGCAGCAAAGACGAGUUCCAUAGUGAAAUCUUGAAGCUCUCCACUUCCUGCAAGGAGUGGGGUUUUUUUCAGGUGAUUAAUCAUGGGAUUGAUCUGGUUUUGCUGGAGAGCAUUGAGAAGGUGGCUAUGGAGUUCUUCAUGCUACCUCUAGAGGAGAAAAAGAAGUAUCCAAUGUUACCGGGGACUGUUCAGGGGUACGGUCAGGCUUUCGUGUUCUCGGAGGAGCAGAAGCUAGACUGGUGCAACAUGUUUGCACUUGGAGUUGAGCCUCACUUCAUUAGGGACCCAAAGCUGUGGCCAACAAAGCCAGUCAAGUUCAGUGACACCAUAGAGGAAUACUCAAGUGAGAUAAGAAAACUAGGCCAAAAGUUGCUAAAAUUUAUAGCUACAAGCCUUGGCUUAAAACAGGACAUGUUUGAAGAGAUGUUUGGGGAGGCAGUGCAAGCAGUGAGGAUGAACUACUACCCACCAUGCCCUAGACCUGACCUUGUUUUAGGUCUAAGCCCCCAUUCUGAUGGAAGUGCCCUCACAGUGUUGCAGCAAGGGAAGGGUAACACAGUAGGCCUUCAAAUACUUAAAGACAACGGAUGGGUGUCCAUUCAGCCCAUCCCUAAUGCACUUGUCAUCAACAUUGGAGACACCAUUGAAGUUUUGACAAACGGGCGCUACAAGAGUGUGGAACAUAGAGCAGUGACUCACAUGGAAAAAGACAGACUCUCAAUUGUGACAUUCUACGCUCCCAGCUACGAAGUUGAGAUUGGACCAAUGCCGGAAAUGGUAGAUCAGAACAAUCCUUGCAAGUACAGAAGAUACAACCAUGGAGAGUACAGCAAGCACUACGUGACUAACAAGCUGCAAGGCAAGAAAACAUUGGAAUUUGCCAAGAUUCAAACUUCAUAAAAAAGGAUAUAACAAAAUGUUACUAUUAAAGCUCUAGCUUAGGUCAUGGAUGUAGAAUAAAGCAAACACAAGUAGUGGACAGGGUUGUUUAUUAUUAAAUAUUUAGAGAGGUGGAUUAUUGAUGGACAGUAGUGUUUGUGUAGUUCAAUUUGUACAAGUCUCUAUUAAAUUAAUGGAAGGUUGUGGGGUCUUAUGUUCAUAAA